AUGAGCGACAUCGCUGUUCUCUCCGAAGCCGAAAGGGUGCAGGUGGUUGCACGCCGUCUGGAUCUGGCCGAAUCGGAGUUUAACGUCUUAAGUUACAAGGAGAGGCGCCUUCACUUCUCUGGCGGCUUCCUUGGAGAACAUUCUUUGGCGGAAAUCACAGUGCGGCGAAUACACGAUGACAAAUCUACAACUCUUCACUUCUUUCUCAAGACGAAACCUGUGUCGUCACCGCCGCAGUUGGCGGUCGUGGAAGAUACAGAGGCAUUCAUCAAGGAAGUAUGUGCGGUGAUUAAUAUUUUCGGCAAGUUUAGAUCCGCGCUGAACGAUCAUGGCAAAUCAAUGGAGUGGACAUGUGAGUGUUACUAUACACGACCAGAUCUCCUGGUGUUUGAUGACUUGUCGAAGAAAGGUUUUCGAGCUUUUAACUUAAACGAUCCCAUGGUAUAUGAACAUUUUGCUUUGGCAAUGAAAGCUUUAGCGAACCUUCAUUCCGCUAGUAUCAUUUAUGAAGAGAGACACCCUACACAGCCACAUCGUCUCACUGAUGAGUAUUCCGACAUAUUAAAAGAGACAUUUAUGUCAGACGAACCCGGACGUCCGGGAAUCAUUAGUGUGAAUGUUACCAUCAAAACUGUAUGUACACUAAUUGACCUAAUUUACAGUCAAGAGAGAGCUAGUCGAAUUAAAAGUAAGGUACAAGCCGUCAUGAACUUAAUUUUUAAGUUACAGAGACCUUCAGAAAGAUUUCGUAACGUUGCAUGCCAUGGCGACAUCAAACGAGAAAAUAUUUUAUAUCUUCACGACGGGGACACUCCAAUAGAUGUACGGCUUGUGGACUUCCAACUAAUCCGUUAUGCGCCACCUGCCAACGAUAUAAUGUGCUUUUUGUACCUGGCAACAGACGAAGAGAUUCGGGACAAGUAUAGUUCGCAACUGAUGGCUAUAUAUCAUGCGCAUCUGUCUCAAAAUCUUCGUCUUCACGGUCUAAAUCCCGAAAAAAUCCUCCCGUGGAAAGAAUUAGAGGAAUCAUGUAGAGUAUACAAGACUCUGGGAAUUUUAAUAUCUAUUCAUUACAACCCAGUAAUAUUGUUAAAAGAGCAAUUUAUUAGCCACGUAUUGAAGAAUCCUGAAGAGUUUGAGAGGUUUGCCAAUGUGGAUAGGUCUCCAGUGGUUACCAAUGGUUACAGAAUUGAUGAAUCUUAUAGGAGGAGGGUUAAAAAAGUAAUUGAGGAAUUUGUUCGCGAAUGUAUUGAAAAGGAUCCUGAGAUAUAA